UAUACUAAAUGACUCAUAGCUGUAUUAAAAGGUUUAAUUGGAGUGUUUUAAUGGUGGACCUCAGGCUGUAGUGUUGCUCAGUAUUUGAGUGAUUGUGUUAUGCUGUAUUGUCCUUGAAUGCAGCUGUGAGGAUGCGUGUAAUAAAUUACCAGCUGUUACCUCUGCUCCACCUCACAUCCCUGUUUGCCUGCUGGGGAUUGGUGGAGCCAGCAGUAAGGGCCACUCUGAUUGGUGGGCAGUGAUUGUGCUUUAUAAGAGCUCUGGUGGCAGACUCUUUGUCUCACUCAGAAGGCUGUGUGUGUGUGCGUGUGUAGUAGUAGUAGUAGUUUAGGGAGGUUUAAGUAGGGUUAGUGGUAGGUGCUUAAAGGUUAAGCUCAGUGUGCAGGGCAGAGGGAGUCUAUUUAAAGGACACCACCACCCUCUCAUGAAUGAUUCAACAACAGUUUGCCCCUCCCCCAUCCAUCAUCAAGAUCAGCUGGAGGAAGUGGUUGCUCAUCCAAUAAGAUUACAGUACUGAACUGACUGUGCGUGUGUGUGUUGCAGCUGAGAGGGAGAGCAAGCCCGGACAAGCAGCAGCAGCAGCAGCAGCAGCUCUCUGUCUCUGUGUUUGUAUGUGUGUGAAGAAAAUGUAGGGCAGCCGCUUGUCCUCCCUCCCUCUGCCAUCUCUCUCCCUAUCAUUUCCUAUCUUUUUCUUUGUUUCCAUGCUGUGCUGCUGUAGCUGCAGUCGCAGCAGCUUCACUUCCUUAUUUGCUGAGGCUUGGUUCUCUCUGCCUUUCUCGUCGUCUCGGCUCACCUCGAGGAUUUACAGAGUGGGCAUGUAACCUCCCUGUGGAACCAUUGUUCGUGUGAGGGUGUGUGUGGGUGUAUGUGUGUGUGAUUGUGUGUGUGCAUGUGAAAGAGAGGUGAGGUGGCUUCGGGAUCCAGACAUGAAUUCCUGUUGGAAAAUGAAGAUUCAGAAUGAAAAGCCGCUGGGUCAUUCUGCAAGCAGGUCCAGCAAUAUAUCAAAGGCGGGCAGCCCGACUUCAGUCAACGCUCCAUGCAGUUUCUCGAGGACGUCUGUUUCCCCAUCCAGCCAGGACAUCUGCAGGAUUUGUCACUGUGAAGGGGAUGACGAGAGUCCUCUGAUCACACCAUGCCACUGCACAGGGAGCCUGCGCUUCGUCCACCAGUCCUGUCUACAGCAGUGGAUCAAGAGCUCCGACACUCGCUGCUGUGAGCUCUGUAAAUAUGAGUUCAUCAUGGAGACCAAGCUCAAACCACUGCGUAAGUGGGAGAAGCUACAGAUGACGGCAAGCGAGAGAAGGAAGAUCAUGUGUUCGGUGACCUUCCACGUCAUCGCCAUCACCUGCGUGGUGUGGUCGCUCUACGUUCUCAUCGACAGGACAGCAGACGAAAUCAAACAAGGGAUGCUGGAAUGGCCUUUCUGGACCAAGCUGGUGGUGGUGGCCAUCGGCUUCACAGGUGGACUGGUGUUCAUGUACGUCCAGUGCAAAGUCUACAUCCAUCUAUGGAGGAGACUCAAGGCUUAUAACCGGGUCAUAUAUGUCCAAAACCGACCAGACACGUGUAAAAAGCUGGCGCUGGAGAAGCCGCCUCUCAUGGAGCCGAGUCUGGAGAACAAGGAAGCUCUGGCCCCCACCCAGUCAGACACAAACUCCUCCCAGUACACAGAGACAGAGGACUACAGUAUGGAGGUGCUCCAUGUCUGACCACUCAGUCCAUGCCAUUGGCUGACCUACUCAUACUACCCACACAAACAGGCCCACAGAGAAGAGCAGCCGUCGUGGAAAUGAUUGGUGAGUGAAGAACAGGCAGACACUCAUCUGAUCCUAGACUGACCCACUGUCCUCCUCUGGACAUGUUGUAUUCCUAAAACUACCAUCCACAGAGACAGAAAGACAGAUCAUGGCUGUCUUCUUCUCUCCACGCUCCUCCUUUUUGACUUUAUUCAUCUGUCAGUCCACAUCCUAACCUCUGUCCUUUCCCAGGAUCAGACUGUUUUCACUGACUUCUGUAAAUGUCUGAAGAGGCCGAGAGCACACCACUCUACACACACACACACACACAUACACACACACACACACACACACACACACACUCGUAUGUACACCUCUGGGAGAGCAGGACUGAGACAAAUAGACUCACAAACAGCUCUGGAGGUCUACACGUCUCCGAUGCGUGUUUUGUUUACUUGUAGGUUUGUUAGAUUUGUUUGUUUUUACCUCCUAUGAGUCUUGGGCUAACCUACCAUGGAUCAGUAUGUAGCGCCACGCAUCGGAUCUCUGGAACAUUCCAGAUACUGCCAUCUCUGUUGCUGUGGUCUAUCAGCUCCGAGCUGGUCUGGAUCCAGUCAGGUCUUGAUCUGGACAUGCAUCGAAGCACUUUUGGGUUUUUUUUUGUUUUGUUUUGUUUUUUAGCUCCACAACAAAUAUCCUCCUGUCCUUUUGCUCCUCUUUUCUUUUCUUUAAUAUGAAUUUAGUUGGACUUGUUGUACAUUGGAGGAGCACAACUCAAACAAUGUUGGAAAUGUUUGUAUAUUGUUUUAUUUGACAUUGCAUUUCCUCAUAUGCACAUAUAUGUGUAUAUUAACCCUCCCAUGGAUGACAAAAAAAGGAACUGGGGUUAAAAAAAUGGAAUCGUGCUGAAGGAAACAUCAGUGUUUAAGUCGAAGCAGAAAAUGAGUUUGUGAUGCUCAUCGCUCUAAUGCAGAUAAUGGAAAAUUGGCCCCAUGAUUUCUCUACCCCAGUGGGAACUUUGUGAAGGCUUUGAGAAUGUAAACUUUUUAAAAAUGAUAAAAUAUGAAUAAAAUAAAAUAAAAUAAAAAAAAAACAAAACUUUUUUUUUUUUUUUACUGAUCACAGGAAAUUGCGAGAUAAUUUCCUUGUCUUGAGAUCAUAACGUGAGCCUUUGGGCAUAAAUGACGUCGCUCAUGUUUUUCUAUCAUGCGAAUGACACAGUAUUUACAGUGUGAUAUUCCAUGUGCAGUUUUUAAUAUGUUGAUUUGUUUGCUUAGGAUACGCCUUGAGAAAUCCACAGCUGCCUAUUUUCAGCCUCCCAUCGCUCCAGUUGUGCAGGCGGUGCAUUGAUUGACCCCAAAUAGAAACCAGGCAGACUCUGACUGUGUGUAUUUGAACAGCUCGUUACAAGCUUUAGGCUAAUUUGUUAUUGUGCAUGUCAAGACUUGUACAUUUACAACCCAGUUAUGUUAACACGCUUAAACACACUAAAAAUAAAUGUAGAUAUAAAGUGCAACAUCUGAUGUGUGAAUGCGACAUACAGGACUGUUAGCAGAGGUCUCAGUUUCAGAGAAAGUCUCUUGUUUCUUCCUGACAGACUCUUAUCACAUGGUGGUGGGGUGUCUAUUUUAGUAUUUAUCACAUGACAGCAAGCAUGUUGCCUCUCAUUUGUUUGUUUUCUCUCACAUCUGGCCCUAUGUUGCUCGAAUGAGACAGGUUUUCGCACAUCCUGUUUUUUGGUUGUUGUUUUUUUAAUUUCACUACAGAAGCACAGUGAAGCACAUCUUAGAUACUGUAACCACACUGGAGGUCUUCAGCAAGCAGAUCAUUUAUUUUGUUCUAAAAGCAAUGCAGUUUAGCCAUGCAUUUGCUGCCUGUGACAGACGGACAGCAAGGGCAUCAUCAGUUGUUGAUAACCUGACUGGAGCGCCACCUGCUGGUGUGGAGCCUGAAGUGGAAUGUGGUCUGAGGUAGGCAGCAGGCAAUUUCUCAGGGCGAUGUGUUUUGGGCUUACAGUCAUUGUAAGUGCUUUUGUGUACGUGGGAGCACAGCGAUGCCAGGCUCAUGUUGAGCCUUACAGCCAUUCCAGCAACACACACAUUUUUAAAAACUGUCUUUGAUACCAGUAUACUGUCUGUGAACAACAAUGGUCCAACAACAUACCUGACAAUUACUGCUCAGCAGCAGCAAUAAAUGAAAUCUGUGCUUUGUUUUUUGCAACAAUGCAUACUGUACUUGUGUGUAUAUGCCCCAUGGUGACUUGAGAUCUGGAGUCUAAUGUAAUUUUAAUACAUAAUAUGAGCCGUGGGAGUUGUUGUGUGUCAAGUUGGAUUAAGACCUGGUGACGAGAAGCUUCUCCAAAACUUCAAUACCCGCGAGGCUCAGUGCAAUUAGACUGAUAAAAAGUGCAAUUACCCUUUUGUUGUUGUUCUAUUCUGUAGUUAUGUAAUGGUGUUUAUUGUCCAGGGUCUCCUCUGGGUAUAAAAUUAUUUCUUCAUUUUGUGUUGUAUUUAUUUUUAAAAGAAAACAGAGUACAAUUUGUUCAUUAAAAAAACAAAAAAACAACCUUUUAUUAGUAGAUUUAUGCAACUUGCACUUGCAGUUUUUUCCCAGUCAGAAAUACCAGAGAAGACUUUCACUCUUUCUUUUGCACUUUGUUAUUUAGAUAUUAGACUUGUUAGCUCAACCUUAAUGUGAAUACAUGCUCUUUCUUCUCACUUUUUAAAAUUGCUUUAUGAUUUUUUUUUUUUUUUAAUAUGCAGAACAUGGACAUUUAAUCACAGCAUCAAAUGUAAAGGUUUCAUAUUUGUCACAUAAAAGCAACAUGGAAUAUUUAGAUGUCUGGAAGUAUGGAAGACAAAAGAUGGACUUCAGAUGAUGCUUUUUAUGUUCUACUCUUAGGAGCUGGCUCCUUUCAUGAAGUCUGGGACAGCAGUUUUGGUGUAGUCCUGAUGAAGAUUAAGGCCACUUUAGGAUGCUUUUAAAAGCAGCCAUGUUUGUCUCUGAGAGCAGGUUUUUCUUUCUUUCUUUUCUGUCACCGUGACCUGAUUUCUUCCUUGUACAGUCCUACUGAGCAGGACAUCAGCUGAGAGGGACAAGUACUUUCUCAGCCUCACUGUCCCAUUGUUUUAGAUUUAAGUUGAGACUUCUCUAUAUUUACCCUGUUGCUUCAGUUUUAUCAAGUCUGGGAAUAGUGUAACUUGCAUAAAGCUACUUUUUUCCUUUUUUUUUUUUUUCUUUACUACUGACUGGACUUGAACAUAUGACUGUUCCCCUGUCUUAUGAUAUCAUUCCACAAGUUUGUCUGUGAAUUUACUUUGAAAUAGUAAGUGUAAAGGAUUUGGUAAAAGUACUUAUGUUUUUAAAAAAAUAUAUUGAUGUGUUUUCAGUUUAAUUUCCCAUUAUUGAACAAAGUAUGUAAAAUUCAAAAGAACAACCAAAUAAAAAUUAAGUUACUUUUAA